AUGUAGCCGAUUGGAAUCCUACUUGUCAAGUAGGAAGCUCUCUUGGGGUCCCAGACCACGGUCAGGGCCACUCUUGCAACUGGGGAUCACCGGUGGUGGUCCUUACCCUAGAGCCCACACACUGGAAUGCAGAGUGAACGGAGACAGAGAGGGAGAGAGAGUGUGUGUGACGGAGGGUGGGAGUGGGAGAAAAAACUUCCACAUCAAAUGUGCAAAGCUAUUUCGGCUUGAACGACAAUUUCAUGGCUCCUCCUACUCCUCUCCUCCCUCCACUUCAUUGCUGCAAUUUGCAUCACCGAUGUGAUAUUCGCCUUAUUUCGUUGCUGGAUUUUUUGAAAAUAUUGAUCUAUUCCUCUCUCUUCCUGGAGAUCAGGUGGAUUUCAACCAGAUGCCGUUACGGGAGAGCUCUUGGGAUUGUGGAGAGUGAGGGGAGGGUGGGUUCUUCGACCUGAAUUUACUUGGAUUAUCAUCGGGAGGUGCGGAGUGAUGGUGAUUAUGGUGCUGCAUUGUUUUAUUCUUUGGCGGAGAGAGGAGAAUUCUGAGAGGAUCGAGGGGUUGCGGGAGGGCCGGGCAUUGUAGUUUUGUGAUCGGAUUUGCGAGUGGGGGGGGGGGGGGACUGACACACCGAGGCCAUUGUGCAUGUGGUGUUAUGAUUUCCAGAAGGAACUGGUAAUUUCAGUUGAUUUUGCACGUCUUGUUGCGGGUAGUUUGUGGAGGCUGUGUGUAGCGAGCCUGCCUCUGGGAUUAGAGGUGAUUAGUCUCAAGUUCGGAAGGAAUCGCAAGAGAAGUUAUCGUUUCCAGUUUGCGUAACAUAUCAGCGUGACUGUUUUCUGUGAGCAUUGUAGUUUAUGACAUUUAGAGUGGUUUAGGGCUCGAGCUCAUAGUAGGGAAGGCUUGCAUUACAAGCCGAAUGCUGUCAGUCAAAACACAUAUGUUAUUUUUGUAACUUAUUUUUUGAUGUUGAUGCAAUUAGGAGCAGCUCUGCCAGGAAAUGGAAUUUGGACAGGUCUUUUGCAAUGUUGUGUGAAGUCUUGCUAAGAAUGCUCCACAAAAUACCUGGCUCCAUGUAGCAACAGUAGGCAAUUAUCGAGUCAUUUUCUAAACCCCUUAAAUCCUCUGUCAUUUCUUUUCUGUAUCAUCAGCCGUUUGAUUAUUGAAGUUCACAAUCAUGUCAUCAUUCUAGCGGUCAUUUAUCUUGACUCAAAGCUGGGAGCAGCGGAGGUUUUGGUGUGUGAGUCUCAACCCGGACUGGGCUACGGCCAUAGUGCAGAAAUACGAAGGGUCAAGUUUUAUAUGUAAAACUUAACUGCUAUAUUACUAUAUUUGCCCUCUGAGAUCCGAUUAGUGAUCCAACAGCGUUCACUAAGUUCACUUCGGCAUCCAAUAGAAAAUUAUGUUCAAGACAUACAAGAAAAAAACUUUCUACUCUUUUAACGUUUGAAGAAGGGACUGACCAUAUAUUGUCGAGAGGAUUGCGAGACUGAGCUUUUCUCGCCAUUUCAGAACGAAUUUGGUUGGAGUCUUCGAAGUAGGGGGAUGAUCAUGGAGAUGUGGAAUACGAGUACAUCCUCGAGUAAGUCAUCCGUGCAGCCGGGUCCGUCAACACCGAACCAGUGCCUGCACCCCUACCUACAUUCAAGUUUUGGUAAUCGUAGGUCCGCCGAAGUCGAGGACGAUGCAAAAUGGGAUUGGCUCAUCGGUUGAAGCUGUAAAGAUUUAUCAAGUAGAGAUCGGUGAGACAUUUCGAGAUGGAUCAAAUGCAGUUCCCAGGCUACUGUGGGCAAGGAGGUCUGCAUGAUCGAGCACACCUUCAAUCAAGACCCGCCAUUUCCGAAUAUGAUAAACUAUGGUUCCAGUGCUAGCAAGUUCAGGUCUGAACUUUUGGCCACAGUUUCUAGGCUGCAGCAGUAUCCACCAAGGGCAAGUAAUCCUCCAUCCGUCGGUUCUCGGCCACCUUUAAUGGCUUCCUCUCCUGAGUUCAGUUACAUGAAUAUGUCAGCUCCUGAUGGAUACAGCGGAUGGCCUGCUCAAAUUUCUUUCAACCUUUCACAAGCAAAUUGUGUGGAUGGAAGUGCGAAGUGGACUACAGGUGCAGAUGCAUGUAUUGAAAAAGAAAGAGACUUAAGUGCCGUGACUGGUGGAAGGAUACUAGAUAGUUUCUUUGUCAGUGGAUCAAUGACACCAGAUGCGGAACUUUUGACGCACAGCUCAAUUUUCGGCAGAGGUGCACCUGAGCGGGUACCGGAGACCGGCCGGCAUCUUUCUUCUUCUCAGUGGUUGAUUGAGUCAGAGAGACAAAGGCAGCAGUAUCAAAGAGUGCGGACCUCGACUCUCUCAUCAACCAACCGUGAUCCGUAUACAGGUGACACUACCUCAUGUUACAUGGGGUACGGUUUACUGAGCCAGUCUUAUUCUGCUCUUGGCCCAGCAUCGUCAGGAGGUCUUCGAGUUUAUUGUAUGAGUCACUUUGGAGUACCUAUUGGUGGGCAGCUGUGCUUGACUGACUCACGGCGCUUGGGGGUGACUUGCACCUGCCACAAUCAACAUAUGUCAGUUAGGAGUUUUACCCAGCAUUUAGGGAUCAACGCUGGAAAUCCUGGCGAAGUUGUGUUUAUGGAGGGUGGUGAAACUCUAGUGCAGUGGCGCAAGUCAUUCUUUUCACAAUAUGGGGUGAAUGUGCCGGAGGACAACGUGGGUUGGGAUUGGCUGGAUGUUGGUUCUUUAAAGGCAGAGCGGAACUGCGUAGCUGGAAACAGAAAGUGUAAAGCGGUGCCGACACAAAGUUGCCAGAAAGAAGUGGAUGGGUCAGGCGGCGAGAACAGUCUGAUGAUGAAAAAUAGAAUGACACAGAUGUGGGAUGCCUCAAUAGCGAACAAGAAUGUUUCGACGCUUCGUACGACGGAGUCCGUUUCGAAUACGAAGUACGGUUCAUGGCGUGCAAGAAAAGAUAUCAUGGUGGAUCUGAGUGAGGCAGUGUUGAGGAAUUAUGAGCAACCACAUAGAAACACGAGCAUAUCAUCAGAUAUGAUGUCGGGCCACUUCUACGAGGCUUCCACGCACCCAACUCUUUUAAGGAGUCAGCAAAACUUAGAGCCCAAAGCUUUACAUAGCACGCCGCAUUCAGGUCUUGCCUCCAUGAGCAAUGGGAACAACUUCAUAAAUGAUGGAAGUCAGCGGUAUUCCUUGCCGGCACAGCAGUUGUAUGGAACUGCGAGGAACGAGAGAGGCGUGAUCCAUCCAGUCUCCAGAGUAAGUGAGGGGCAAGAAUCUCACACAAGAGAGAAUGGCAUUUCAUCGAGUUUUGAGCUACGGUUGGGGCAGCCAUCUCAGCAAACACAGGCGACUGAGACAGCUUUUUCAUCCAUGGCAAUCUCGAAUGUGGGGCAUCCGAACCCUCAUUUGUUCGAGCAGAUCAUGAGAAAAGUGUGGGAUGGAAAGCUGCAACACAAUCUACAGAAGUUCAAUCCGGCGGAACUGCCCAAAUUUUCUGGCAUCCUCGGUCAGACGAGAGAUCAAUGUGGUUUUUACACGGCUCGAAAACCAGUUUAUGCAAAUGCAGAUGGCCUUGUUAAUUGCGAAAUGGACAGCCGUGCAGAGAAUGUAAAGUCAGAUUAUUGUAGUGUAACGCCGAGUACGAGGCAGAUGCCACAUUCUUCACAAGCGGGAUUCAAACCCGACAACGUAUCAGAGUUUCAAGUGAAACUUAUGUCCCUAGAAUGCAUAAUGCAGUCAACCGUAUUAAGCAACAGCAAGGAUCGUCAAUUAAAGGUUAAGCAAUCAGAGUCAGCAAAUUUCUUUUCACACACAGGUCAGUCUCGGAGUGUGAUAUUGGAGAAUGAGAUGACGUUGGAUUCGCUUAGCUCAAUGGUAUUGAUGGAGGUGAGCAACAAGACAGGGCAAAGGCUUCUGGAAGCAGCUAUACAGUCAUCGUUCACGUAUCGUGCAAGGGGACUGGAAAUUUCAGAUGCGCAAUUAAACGACGUUCCAGUCAGACAAAUGUUCGCGAGAAAUGUGUCUGGUGAUGCAGACUUGUAUGUUCGACCCACUGUGGGCGGUGGGGAAAUGUUUUGGGAGUUCCUGGCAAGGAAACAGGGUUUGAACGAUUUGAGAAUUGGUUGUGGAAGGACCGCGGAGAGUGGAAAUGUUGGACGAGCUGAGCAGUAUUCAAAAGGUGCACUUUCUAUGCGAGAACAAGAAUUGGCAGGAGGGAACGUGAGGGGAAUCGAAAUGCGGGUCAUCGGUGAUCAAGACUACGUGGAGGUUCCACCUUUGAGUGGAGGGGGCAUACAAUGCAGUUGUUUGAAAUGCAGAAAAGCAAGUACUUUAGCGAGAGGGCAAGCUGUACCAAGGCUUGUAGGACAAGUUUUUCUGAAGGAAAACGCUUGUCAUGCAAGCACGGUGGAGGCUGCAACGAAAGUGGGUUUGGCUGAAGGUGAUCGUAAUGCACCUGAAGACCCUGUUCAGGACAAAUAUGCAGGGACUGAGUCAGAGGUAUACAUGGAAGCAGUCGAUGUGAGAAACGAAAACUUCUUGUCGAAUACCGUUGCAAAUAGGACUGCAGCGGAGAGAGGUGCUCUAGGGAGAGAUGAGAUCACCCCGGACGCGAAGGCUUGUUCGAACAACUCAGAGGUUGUCUCGAGCGGGCUUUUUGACAAAGGGUGUUCUGUAGAUGGGAAAGAAGAACCUUUAAAUAUGCAAGUGUUUAGCACUACAGGCAUUCCUGUUGCAGUGGACGAAGCAUCCGGUGUAUGGAGAUACUCUUCUUCAGACGGCUUGGAUGUGAAUUUGGGCAGGGAUGCGAAUGUUUCAUCGGCUUUGAAGGAUCAGAGUGAAGGGGUGGCUUCCCCAUCGUCUCUGGGAUGUCCGUCGUCAAGCAGUAUGUGGAAGAUGCUUAUGGUGAAGAAAGGUGGAAAGAGAGGCGCCGUGGGAUACAGCAGACAGGACAUUGAGGACAAUGAGGUGGAAGCAGAACCAGUGGAAAUCACAGGCAAAUUGCACAGGAAGCAGUACAGGAACAGGAAAUGGAAAUGGUUAGGGUCGCGUUUGGAUGGAAGAGAUGACGAGGAAGGCAGCCCGGUGUGUUCAUUUGGGCAGCAGUUGGAACCUCAAAUUACAUCAGAGAAUGCAACAGUAUCUCAGGUACAUGAAAGGCUCAUCAGACCGGAUGGUUGGAAGAAAUACAUGAGAGAAUCAACUGUAGAGAUGCCAUCGAAUUCAAAGCGGCGAAAGCUAUCUACAACUCGACGUUACCAAGGAGUGAAGGCGACAAACGUGACAGAGGAGUAUUUAGAGGCGGCAUAUGUGGGUGAGGCUGCUUUGAAGAAGACGGGAACCCUGAUGAUCCGAGUCCCUCAGAGAUUGAACCACCAAAAAGCGAAGAAAAGGAUCCAGAUAAAACCACACCUGAAAAGUAGCACAAGAGAUUGGAGAGCAGAUGCGAAUGCAGAGGGUCGCAUAAGUGCAAAGGAUGGCAGGAGUUGGUCUAAGGUCGGAAAGUCCAAGGAUUUAACAAAGGCCCGUGUGGAAGUUUCGAGACCUAGUGAUUCAGAUUCUGGUUCAGAUUCUGUGAAAGCAGGCGUUGAAGUUUCCAUUGAGAUGCCAAAUAUUGUGACUAAGAGGCUUCGCAGUCCGACGACUCCGCCUUCGGGACCAAGCCCACGAAAUGGGCGGAUGAUAUCAUUGAGCGUAAUACUGAAUCAGGCCGCAGAAGCUGGCCCUGUUCCAGUAGCUGCACAAUGUCGGGCUGCCUUGCAUCAACCGAGAGAUGGAACUCUGAAAGUGAGAAAAGAAGGUGCUUCAGUAUUCGAGUUUCUAGAGAAUGAGGAUGUGGCAGUCGCAAGAGCUGCCAAACAGGUGACAGCAGCAGUACAAACGGAGAAUGCGAUUACAAGGGCAUGGUCUGUGGGAAUGAUAGCUGGCCAUUUUCCUCGGGGUGAAAGGUCAGCUAGGACAGGAAGCUUGAAACGAAGGAGAGUGGAGUGGCCUAGAAGCAAAAAUGCACAGAUAGAAGCAGGAAAUAUGGUAUCUAGAAUGGAAGGGACAUUCGUGUGCAAGAUAUCACAAGUGAGAUCAAUAGCAGGCAGCAACGACUUCAAAGAGAAGCUUCAACGAAAGUUUGGUCGGCAGAGUUUACCCAUUGGAAAGCAGGUGCGGUCAAGCAAGGUGAAGCGAAACAAAGAGGUGGUGGAAGGGUUGCAAGCCAAGAAUACAAGAGUAUCGGUAGGAGUGCAUGUAGUAGAAAUUAAUUCGACGCAACUCGAAUUGAGGCAUCUGCAAGGGCAAAUGAAGGUUGGAUUAACAGGAAAUGGAGUGCUGAAACUAAAGAGGCCAUCAGAUCUGUCAUCUAUAUCAGAAUUGAGCGCUAAGAGACCGAAACUGGUGCAUGCAUUGAAUAAGUUGGAAGAUAGUGCAAGCAUAACUGAUGGAACUUUGGAGCAUGGUGAACUUCUGAAGAGUUGCAAGCGAGUGUUACAUUUGGGGAAGAAAAAGACUGUGAAGGAUCCGUUGAUUGGUACCAAGCUGCAUAAUAAAGACAAGUCCCAACCGUCGGAUGUAAACGGUAGAAGUUCAAUGAGGAAUAAAGAAAAAGGACCUAGAAGCUUUCAGAUUAAUCCACUUGGCCAAAGUGGGAAAUUCAUGUGUGAUGUGUGCGGAAUUUUUAGCUCAGCCAGUUACAACAAAUUAUUGUGUUGUGCUCGGUGCCCGGUUAAGGUCCAUCAAGCUUGUUAUGGAGUGCCGAAGGUCCCAAAAGGACCAUGGUUUUGUCGUACUUGCAAAUCUAGAGUAAUCAAUCCAAUUUGUGUUCUUUGUGGAUACGGUGGUGGAGCAAUGACACGCGUUCAUAAAGCUCGAGAUUUCUGCCUUGGAUUGCUGCAAACCUGGCGAGAUGCGAAGGGUGAGAGUGUGCCUGAGCCGUUUUCAGAGAAAAAUAGUGAAACUCCCUUGUCAGCAGUGAACAACAUUAAGUUUUCCAGGGGCAGGUUGUCAGCUGGUCUGACAGGAGUACGUGCGAAGAACAUGGAUAUGAAAGUCAGAAAAUGUGAAAUUUGUGAUUUUGAGGAGCUUAAAGAUGACAGUUCGGUUUGCAAAGCUUGUCUGAAGCAUAGUCCUCAACCCGGGAGCAGUGGUGGCAACAUUGUGAAAUGGUCCAACAGGGGUGUGAAUUCAAAAUCAGGCCAUGAAAGCUGGAGAAGUAACAAUACGGUUCGAAGCAUCAUGCAUGAUGCAGGAGCUAAACAGUGGGCGCAUAUGGUGUGCACUUUGUGGAUGCCUGGGACGCGGUGUCUGAACAUGGGCACGAUGGGAGCGUUUGAUGUAUCCAGAGUAACAAAUUCUCGGCGGAAGGCGCUAUGCUCCAUGUGUCAGAAGAAAGGUGGUGCUUGCAUGCACUGUCGUGUACCGAAAUGUUCAACUCCAUUUCACGUUUGGUGUGCUCAUGAGAAGGGCUUAUUGCAGAGCGAAAUUGUAAAAGAUGGGAGCAAUCAAGUUGGUUUCUUCGGGAGAUGUCAGAAUCAUGGUGAUUUUUCUGGUACUGAGUUGGAAGAUGUGAUGAAGGAGGAUUCUUUGUCUUCAACCAGUGGAGAAGUUUGUGCCCGUACUGAGGGAUACAAAGGGAGGCCGAGUCUGGAAGAACGAGCCAAUGCACAACAGCAAAUGACCUUGGAGGGAUGCACGGCUGUGACUCCUGAGCAAGUUGCAGCAUGGCUACGAAUUAGUGGUCGUAAAUUAUCCACUCGUCGGCUCCAUAAAUCAGCUAGCUUAGCUAUGAAAUUUGACCACAAAGAAUAUUUGCGGUUCAAACAGAAGAAAGGAUGGAAGAAGCUUGCGGUUUAUAAAUCAAUAAUCCACGCGCUUGGACUCUACACUACGGAUUUUAUUGCAGAACGUGAAGUGGUUGUAGAAUACGUAGGAGAGAUUGUAGGUCAUCGUGUUGCAGACAAGCGCGAAGUUGAAUAUCAUUCAAGGAAGCGUCUACAAUACCAGGGUGCAUGCUACCUAUUCAGAAUAGACACGGAGCAGAUCAUUGAUGCCACCCGCAACGGUGGUAUAGCUCGUUUUGUUAAUCAUUCUUGCUCGCCUAAUUGCGUUGCCAAGGUGAUUUGUGUUGAAAACCUGAAAAAGGUCAUUUUCUUUGCAAAAAGAAACAUCGAUGCCGGAGAGGAAGUGACUUACGACUAUAAAUUUAAUUACGAUGAAGUUGGGGACAAAAUUCCUUGCUUCUGUGGUACUCCUGAGUGUAGAGGAACAUUGAAUUAGUAGAAUAGGCUGAUUUCAGGUUGCUAGAGCUAAACCAAACUUUGUCAAUUCAGGCUGAGUGGCUUGUGUAUGCAACCUAGACUAUAUCAAAUGUGAAAGAUAAUGUGUAGUGUUUUAGGAUUCCCAAGUAUGCACAAAUCUUGCACGCUUACAUGCAACCUUACAUGCAACCUUAGCUUCACACUUAGUCCGCAAUGGUAAAAUCUAUAUAAUAUAUGUAGCAAGGAUGUGGUUUGUUCAUUUAUUUAUGACUAUGUGGCUUGCCAAGUUUUUCCAGUUUUUU